GAACCCCUGGAGGAUAUGAUGUACUGAUUGUGUAUGCAAGUGACGCCACUGAAUGGUGUCAGUACCUCCAGAACCUCUUCCUCUUUAGUCGUCACGUUCGAAAGCAUCGGAUUCUGAGCUACCAACUGGAAGGCAAGUCUGCCAUCUCCCACCAGGAGCUGGACCUAUUCAACAGGAGUCGGAGCAUCAUCCUCUUGCUAUCUGCUGAGUUGGUGCAGAGUUUUUAUCUCCCUCCUGUCCUGCAGAGCCUUCAGGAAGCUUUGUGCCCCCCAUACAAAGUAGUCAAGCUGUUCUGUGGUGUCACGGACUGUGAUGACUAUUUGACCUUUUUCAAGGACUGGUCUCAGUGGCAAGAACUCACAAAUGAUGAUGAGCCUGAUGCUUACCUUGCAGCUGUCAAGAGGGCUAUUUCAGAAGACUCAGGCUGUGACUCUGUGACUGAUACAGAAACAGAAGACGAGAAGAACCCAGUUUACUCCCACAGACUUGCCAUGAGUGAAGAAUAUGGAUCAUCCAAGAGCAUUGGGGACCAUCCGGUGGUGCAGCCUGACCGCAUACGGUGUGGGGUGCAGACAACAGUUUAUAUUAUCAUGAAAUGUAAACUAGAUGGCGAAGUGAAAACCGAAGUUGAAUUCUCUCCAGAGAAUGCAUCAUCUGUGCGUGUGCUGGCUGAGAUGGAGAAUGAGUACACAAUCUCUGUGGAGGCUCCAAAUUUAACAUCUGGGACAGUGCCUUUGCAGAUAUAUUCAGGGGAUUUGAUGGUGGGAGAAACAAGCAUCACUUACCAUACCGACAUGGAGGAAAUUGGCAGUCUGUUGGCUAAUGCAGCCAACCCAGUACAGUUCAUGUGCCAGGCCUUUAAAAUCGUGCCAUACAGCAUAGAAGCACUUGACAAACUGUUGACUGAGUCACUUAAGAAGAACAUUCCUGCCAGUGGCUUACACCUGUUUGGAAUCAACCAGCUGGAAGAAGAAGAUAUGACUACAACUCAGAGGGAUGAGGAGUUGCCAACACUGCUCCACUUUUCUGCAAGAUACGGGCUGAAGAACCUCACUGCCUUGCUGCUUACAUGCCCUGGAGCACUGCAGGCCUACAGCGUAGCCAACAAAUAUGGACAUUAUCCAAACACCAUAGCAGAAAAGCAUGGCUUUAGGGACCUCCGCCAAUUCAUUGACGAAUAUGUGGAAACUGCAGAUAUGCUGAAGAGUCACAUUAAGGAAGAGCUGAUGCAAGGCGAGGAGGAUGAGUCUGUUUAUGAGUCCAUGGCUCAUCUGUCCACUGAUCUGUUAAUGAAAUGUUCCUUGAAUCCUGGCUCCGAUGAAGAGCUUUAUGAAUCCAUGGCCGGAUUUGUCCCUGGUGCCCCAGAAGAUCUUUGUAU